ACCUGCUGGGUUUCCUUAGAGAGGAAACUUUCUCACCAGUCUGUAUGAUUUAAUUGAAUUUGACUUUGUAAAGUCUGUGUCUCAAGACACUUAAAAAAAGCCAGCCUGUUUUUUCAAAUAUAAAAAAUGAAGCGGAUAUUCACCAUGUAAUAUUUAUUGCACUGGUGUAAAUAAUAAAAUAAGCAUGUCUAGUUAAAAUAAUUUUUUCACUGUUUUGUAAAUUAAAGCUCAACUGAACAUUCUUACAUUUGAAAGAACAAAAACUAGAAUAACUAGCAACAGUCUACAGCAUCAGUAAGCGCCUAAGAAAUGCUAAAUUUUGUGCAAUCAUAUUUCUUACCCUGUCACAUUCAGUGGACAUGACCAUAAAUACUUCCAAAUGCUCCUGAUUGAUUUUGCUUUGGAGUCUAUUGUUAAUGAACUUGGGAGUAAAGAGGCUUCUCUCACAUGCAACCUGAAACAAUGGAAGGGUCAACAAAAAUUGGAUGCCAGCCUAAUAACAGGGUAGAUAUCAGUGAAGAGGUUAUAUUAUGUCAGUGUAGGGUGGACAGUGAUAACAGUUUCUGCAAGAUGAACAAGUCUUACACUCACUGCGCCAGUGAAGCCAAUGGGGUCCUUUGAUGUUUAUACCAUGUUGUCUGCAAGACUUGGAAUAAACCCGCACAGAAGUGCAUUUUGAUGUUUGUUUUUUUGUUUUAGUCUUUUUGGAAUUUUUUUAUCCAGCGUAAAGUAAAAACCCACGAAUGAUCAAGUGACUAUUGAGUUACAGUCACUUUUCAUUUGUUCACCUUUAAGUCUUGAGUUUUUUGAUUUUCAUGGACAAGUCCCUACACAUAUGACAUACUAUCAAAUGUGGUUGUUUCACAAACUAAUGUAGCCUUAGAUGACCAAGUAGGCAACAGUAACUUUGAGUAAAUAAGUAUGCCCCCUUAUUUUUAUUCAAAAUUUUGAAGACACUUGCAUACACUUUUUGGUGUUUUGCCCCUAACUGGUAACAAGUGUUACUACUACUUAAAAAACUGUUCAAUGUUCAACGUUUAACUCGUAUAGGUAAAGUGUAUAACUAAUGCUGUGCAGAGGCAGACAAGUUAGCAGACGUCACGUGGCUGACUCCAAGGGUGUUGAAUAAACAUACAAACGACUUGCCAUACUUUCUCUCCGCUGUGCGGCAGGAAAUAUAAACACUUGGAGUUCGAAGUGGUCACCUUGGUAACGACGCUGUUGCAGUAACCCUAGAAACCGCAGGUUUUGCUUGUGGUGGUUAGUUGUUUGCCCUUUGUGAGUUUUUUUGCUCCAAAUUGAGAUCAGAACGAUGGAAGGUCCUUUAGAAAACAGAGGCAACACGGAGGCCGCCAAUUUCAAGGCUUUCCUGAUGAAAGACAGCACGAAGAGCAAACGGAAUCUCUAUGACCAUCUGACACAGCUACUCACCAAGGUGAUGGAUGAGCAUACCAACAAUGUUGUGGAUGUGAUCGAGGAAAUUAGCCAUGAUGUAAAACGAGAUUUAUUCAAUGGCAUUCAGAGCUCCUUACGAGAUCUUCCACAAUUUACAGCUGCUGAGCUGCUGACAGAGCAACAGCGCACACUGUUUUACCAGCCAGAUGACAUUAUCCAAGAGGAUAAAAUGGUAGAAACAGUCCUCCCUAAUGUGAAUGAAAUCGGUUUCUAUCUGGAGCAGGCUGAAGUGGGUUUGGGCAGAGAGGAGAUGCAGAGGAUUUUUCUUGCUCUUAAAAAUCUUGUUGACUCAGAGCAACUUCCACGUUGCCGACUUUGGGGAAAAAUCUUUGGGAUAGAGAGCAACUAUAUUGUUGCAGAAGCCGAAUACAGAGAGGGAGAAGAGGACCAAGAAAGCAUUGAAGAGAACCUUGUGGAGGAGGAAAGGAAGCCUGAAAGUCUGGAGGAUGAGGCAGAGAUAAAUCCACUCCCUCAGUCAAUUUAUAAAUCCCAUCUUGAUGUACCAAAGGAGGCCAUUGGAACUGGUGCUAACAAAUUUGCUUACUAUGUGUGCAAAGAGCCAGGUCUUCCUUGGAUAAAGCUCCCCACAGUUAGUCCUGCACAGAUCACUAUUGCUCGUCAGAUCCGUAAAUUUUUUACUGGAAAGCUUAAUAGCUCAGUUGAAAGCUACCCUCCUUUUCCCGGAAACGAGGCUAAUUAUCUGAGAGCCCAGAUUGCUCGGAUCUCUGCUGGCACACAUGUAAGCCCCAAUGGCUUCUACCAGGCCGGGGAUGAAGAAGGUGACGAGGAAGAUGACAUACCCCAUGAUAGCUGUGAAGUGAAUCCUAAUUUUGAGGACGUUCAAGCUUCUUUGAUGGUUGAGUCACUGUCAUCGUGGGUACAUCAUGUCCAACACAUCUUGCAACAGGGCCGCUGUACUUGGGUGAACAUUGCUGUGAAACCAGCUGAUGACUCUAAUGAGGAGAUAGAAGGUGAUGAGAAGGAAGAAUAUCUUGAUGAGGUUGAGCCAGAGAUUGGACCUUCUCUGCUGACUCCUCUAUCCCAGGAUGCAGAAAUGUUUAACACGCCUCCGUGGAGCUGCAAGUUGUCCUCCCUACUGACUUCUCAGCAUGCAAUUGCUGUGCUACGUUCUAACCUCUGGCCAGGAGCAUUUGCUUAUGCAUGUGGAAAGAAGUUUGAAAACAUAUAUGUUGGAUGGGGUCUGAAGUAUGUAGGAGAGGUGUACAGCCCACCCGUCCCCCCACUACCACUAAAGGAAUAUCCUAGUGGAUCAGGAAUCACAGAAACCCUUGACCCAUCUCCAGAGGAAGAACAAGCUUUGAAAGAAGAUUUAGAAGACCAGCAAGCUGCCCUGGAGGAGACAGAGGAGUCAGAAGAUGAAGACUAAUAAAUAUAAUACCUUAACAUGUAUUUGAAAUAUAACUGUAAAGAGAAUUAAAUCAGAAAUUAGAAUCAAAUUGAUUACAGUUACCAAUAAAAAAUGUAAAGAAAGUAACAAAUAGGUCAAGUGUUUUAUGCAUGUUUGUUGCUUGUAUUGCGAAACAAUGUGAUUAUUAUCUCACUUAAUCAAACAACGCCCUCCGGCGUUCCACAGUAGCCGCCAGAGCCCUCCGGCGCUUCCAUGUCGCCGGCUGUGC